AUGAACUAAGCUAACCAAAAUUAAUUGAUUAUUAUGAAGAAUAUUCUCUUUUUGGCUAAACAAAGUGGCUAAGCCAUAUCUAGCUAAAGAAAUCUACUAAAUAAGUGGUUCUAAGAUUCUAUAAAAACCUAUAUUUUUGAGUCUUAUGCAUCUCCUCUGAUUGCAAACUACCUAAAAUUAAAAACAUCUACAGAAGUUAAGACCUUUAUCCACAAAAAAAUAGACAAAAAUAAACCAAAAUACAUGGGAAUCAUAGAAUAAUAUUUUAUUUAUAUAAAUCAAUACAAUUAAUAAGACGAGUUUAUAAACAAACUUCAAUAAAUAAUUUUGAAUCCUGAAGACAUUACUUCUAUGGAAAGUGAACUCUCUUACAAUACAAUGAAAAUUGUUAGAAAAUAGUUUGUGUGUUUGCUAAUCCUAAAAUACUUUAAAUUAUUUGGUCAACAAGAAAUGGCAUCCUUUUAUGAUUUGUGGAACACAUGCUUCCCCUAAGAACUUCAAGUUAAGAAAAAACUCUCUAAAUUUGAUAAAAAGAGUGAUAAUAAAAAGUAAAAAAUCAUUCUUAAAUAAGAUUUUGAUUAAGAUAGCUCUUUACGCUCUUCUUUAAAUUUCUAAAAUUGCAGCACUUCUCUUUCUUCUAAUAAUUAAUCAGAAAUAUCUAAUUAAAAAAUUAUCACAAUCUCGGGUACUCAGAUGAUAGAUAAUUAAAAUCAAAUAAAAUAAGACCAAAAUUUAUAAAUUAGCUAUAACUUUAAUUUUAAUUCUUAGAAAAAACCAAUAAAUAAUAGAAUAUUUGAUGAAGAGAGUUAUGAAGAAAAAUCAAUGGACCAUUAUCUGCAAUUUAAUAACUUAUCAAAUUUGUGCUAAAACGAAUAAUAACAACCUACUUAGAUUAAUUGUGAUGCAGAUUAUUUCGGUCAGUAUUAAAAUUAAUAAGAAUUUUUCUAUGUCUCAUAAGACAAAAAGUGCUUUUAAUAAUAAGAAUAUUAUGAAGAUCAACUUUACGAAAUUAACUACCCUUCAAAUUUCCAUUUUUUAUAAUAAAAUAACAACUAACACAUGAAUUAAAUUAACCAAAAUUGA